AUGCAAGCCAAGCGGGAACACGUCUUCACCUCCGGAGAAGGCCCCGGCAAGGUUCGUCACUGGGUGGCCAAGCUGGAAUUCCAAGACGGCAAGCGGAAGCGCCAUGUGUAUCGGAAUAGUCAGUUCUACCACGGGCGUGGAACGGUCCACGUGCACAUUCUUCUCUGGUUGUCCGACAUGCAUGCCAUGGACCUGUCCGCCAAGAUCCGUGCAGACAUACCUGGCGAGAGCGAGCCGGAGAUGCGCGAUCUAGUGAUAGGCUCACAGCUGGACUACACCUCCAGCGGCUGGCCCAUGCGCGAGGAGCCCACGGAGGUGACCGAGAAGGAGCAGCAGCUAAAACUGCACCACCCCCGCGAAGCCUUUGAAAAAUACUGUCGGGCCUACGUCUCAGACGUGCUGGCCGCCCUUCGCUGUCACGUGGAUGUGCAGGCAUCGGAUGGCCGAGCCAUGAUUCUGAAAUAUUGCGCCAGCGACUCGCCUGCAAAAGGUUAUCUGCCGAAGUUCAGCAGCUCCUUUGCGGCAGAACUGCUCAACAACGAAGCCAGCGACUUCUCUCUGGCCCGCCGAGUGCUGGCAGACUACCAUCCGCUGCAGCCGGAGAUG